GAACGCCUCACGGUUCCCAAGGAGAACCCCGCAAAGGGAAAGAGUCUGGUGUCUGGGAGACUCCUAAACGCCUCAAACAUCAUGCGGGAACACCUUCAAUGACACACGGCGGCGCCUGCCUCGUGCCUGGCUUCACUUUAAUCCCGUUCUGGUCCAGGCUCCAGCGGGUCCGCUUUUCACACCUUAUCGGUGCCUAAAUGCAGCCGCGAGGUUUCCACCUGCUCCCUGGACCCGGACCGAACCCGGACUCCUGCUUUUCAUUGUGAUGGAGGAAAAAGCUCAGACUGAGAAGAAGGAAGUAAUACACUGAACCGCACCAUGUUUAGGAGCAAAGCUUCAUCAGAUUGUCAGGCCGCUCGUCAUUGAAAGCUCCGGGCUGGCCCGUCUCAGCAAAAGCACCAGACAGAUUGACGUGCCGGGUGGGAUAGAGAAAAAGAAGCUGGAUUGUCUGGAAAUAGAGUCCGUCACCGGCUUGAAGACAGAAGGAGGACACAGGCUUGACUAAAAUGGGGCUCCAGAACUUUGCUCCUGCCGACUGUGUCUUUGAGGACCCCUCAGUCUGCCCGCAGACAUGCCAGAUGUGAAGCCGCCCCCACCAUGUGAAUACCCUUCCACCUCCUCUGCCGUGCUCCCCGCUGGCUGUCACUCUCCACCGAUCAUGGAGCCUUGCAUCGCCAACCUGCCCCUGUCCCCAGACCCUCUGUCCCCUUUCCCCCCACACAGACCCAGUGUCCCUCAUUACCAGGGGCCUCCUUACUCACUGCUGGCCCGGUGCAACAGCAGCACCCUGCUGACUAACUUGGGGCUCAGGUACUGUUCCAGCAGGCAGAUCCCUCUGGGCGUGGAUCCCGGACAAGGGCUGGUCCCAGGUCCUUACGUUCACACUGGAAGCUGCAGCAGACCCUACAGGAGCAUGGAGAACCUCAACUGGAACGCGGUGGCGGACUCUGGUCUGUGCAGACUCAGCGCGGCGUCCUGCAGGAGCGUGGACAAUGAAUUUAUUUUACGUUACACCUCCUGCAGCCACUGGUACGACGGGCCCCCCGAUGGGUCUAUUCUGGGGGCUCAGGGGCUGGUACCCAACCCGGAGAGCUUAGCGUUUUACCCUCGACACGCGCCACCCAGAAAAGACCUGCCGCUCUUCCCUCAGUUGCUCCUUCCGGGCGGGGUUGACGAAUGGGAUGCAAGGAAGGGCCUCAGGGAUAAACUCCGUCUCCAGAGUGCACGAUCAGCUGCAGAGACUCUGAGGCCCCUCCCACUACGCCCUCAGGUAAUUUCCAAUUCCACACCUGCGGAACGGGAAUGUGCGAAUGUAGGCAUUCCUGGAUGCAGGCCACUUGGCUCCACGCGCACCUCCCCUGAUGAGAUCAAGCGGGAGGUUUUGAGACGUUUGCAGCUCCGGCGGCAGAACAGCAGCCCCAACCUGGCGGUCUGCGGCUCUCCAUCCACUUCACAAGAUAUGAAGACAUCCUACACUACGGACAGCAUCACGAGUAAGAGGAGCGCAGCAGACUCUUCUUCGGAGCGCCACAGACCUCCUGUGGGACGGCUGCACAUCCCAACAUUUGAGGAGUUCAAGAGGAUGAGACAGAGAGGUGUUGAUUGUGUGGAAUCGGUAAAACGUGACCCGCCAAACGAAGGAGGAGCUUCAGGCAACAUCCCUUCUGAUGAAGCAAAUUUGAGUGAGAGUGGAGAGAGGAGGAAGGAUGCUGAAGUGCUGGACACCACCAAGAGUUCAGAUGAAACAACAGCCAACUGUGAUGGCAGCCUGCAAAUUCUCUCAAACACUGUGACCACGAGCUGCUCUACAAGCUCCGCCCCCUCCUUCACGAGCUCUCCAAUCAGAACAGGCCCUUCUCCACGCUCACCUCUGCAGCCCCAAACCACACAGGAAAAAGCUGCAGGGGGAGAAAACGGGAGCGCAAAGCGCAGGAGGAGCAGUCUGGAGACAUCUGGGUCAGUCCCCUUCCCACCCGGAAAAGACAGCCUGGAUCGUCCGUCCAGCUGCUGCCCGGCGCUCCUGCUGGAAGGGACGGACCUCUCCAGCUAUGGAGCCAAGAUCUACAAGAUGAAGGAUGGGCUCAUCGGAUCUGCAUUGGACCUCAUCAAAAAGAGCUGCAGUGCAGAGAUCUCCACUGAGGCCCCCGUCAGGCUGUCAGGUGACCGUGAUGGAGGGUGUGACAUCACCGCCUCCUCGCACGGCUGUCAGCUCUCCGCCGUUGCCAUGGCAACGUCGGCAGCGGCCUGCAAAGCCGAGGCUGACGAGGAGGCGCUCGCAGAAGGAGGAGGAAGAGAGGAAGCGGGAGAAUGUCACUCCAGUCUGGGCUGCAGGCGCUCCAGCUCAGACGCAGCCUACGAGCCGGCUGAGGCGGUGAGAGCUCAGCGCGAGUGCCGGCUCCGGCCCCACUACAGUGAUCCCAUGCCGGCGGACGCCUCCAAACGCAAACAGCUGGAGAUGAAGAUCGCCGCUGCCGCACGACUCCACAGCCAUCGGCGAGACCGUGACAGAGACAGAGACAGAGACAGUGCCCCAGCUGCACUCCGAGGUCGCUCAGAGCCCCCUGGUGAGGAGCGGCAGGCGGUUCUGGGUGUGACUCGGUCCGGACAGCACCGCUGGAGCACCAUCAGCAGCCUCAGUGCGGACAGCGGAGUGGUGGGCCUCAGCGACGAGCGCGAGGAGGAGGACAGCGAGCCACGGCGUCAUCGCAGGACCCGGGGAGCGGAGGUGGAGAGGGUGGACAGCGGCAUCGGUCCGGGUCUGUCCCGCACCUGGAAGCGACCGUCUGCUUCCCUCAGAGCCUGGGAAGCCCAGAGACCGUGUCCGGACUGCGGGCAGAGGGAGGGGGCCUGUAAGGAGCGAGGCGAACGGAUGUGCGAACGCUGCUCCAAGCUGCGCAUCGAGCGCAAGGAAGCCAUCCUGGAGUUCCUGAACACGGAGUCGAGCUACGGGGAGGACCUGCGGAUCAUCAAAGAGGAGUUCUACUGUCCCAUGCAGAGUGCCGGGUUACUGACAGCUGAGCAGCUGAGCGUGGUUUUUAGUAACGUGCAGGAGCUCAUCGACGUCAACGACCGCUUCACAGAACACCUGCAGGACAACAUCGAUCAGGCCUUUGACCAGGGCGAUGACGAUCUGUUGACCGUCUACAUCGGCGAAAUCUUUCUGGAGUUUGUCAACAUGCUGCCAGCCUUUCAGACCUACUGCCUACAGCAGUCCACCUCCGUCAACAUGCUGAACACGCUGGAGAAGGAGAAGGAACUGCUCAGGAUAUUCUUGGACGUCUCCCAAAACGACAACACUGCGUUGCGCCGCAUGAACCUGCGCUCCUUCCUUAUGGCGCCCCUCCAGCGGGUGACCAAAUACCCCCUUCUGUUGAGCCGCAUCAUCAAGGUCACCCCUGAAUGCCACCCCGACUACACGCGUCUCCGUGAGGCCAAAAGUCGAGUGGAGUCCCACCUGGAACACAUUAACAUGAAGACCAAGCAGGAGGGCAACGGGGUCACCUGGUCGCUACGCUCGUUCCGCCGCGACAGCCGCAAGAACCGGGAGGUCAUCAACAUCGAGAUGCGGGAGGUCUCCAUGAAGACGGUGGGUUGGGCGAGGGAGAACACGCGGUUUGUCAUGGAGGGGCCACUCCAGUUCUCCCAGCCGGCUGACGGUCAGUGGGUGAAGAAGGGCAGCCGGGCUCUCAAGUUCCAAAACGUCCAAAGUCUGUUGAUGGUCCGGACGCAGCGCGAUGGCGAGGCACAGGGCACCGAUCAGGGUGCGAGGGGGGACCAGUGGGAAGGUGUCGGCGAGAGCGUUCGGGAUGGCGUUCUCGUUCUGAUCAAGGACAAAAGCAGCGGAAAAUUCACUGUCCUGAGGGAGCCCAUCCGCCUGGGAAACUGCGUGGUGUCCACAGACCCAGACUGCGAGGACACUUUCGAGGUCCUCGACAUUCGGCGGGAGUCGUUUGUUUUCCGCGCCUCUGACAAGUCUCGCACCCAGCAGUGGUUCCACCAGGUUAAGAGGUACGCUCGGGACUUGGGCACCUGGAGGAAGAGGCGGAACGCUUUGCCCAACAUUAUGAUCAACACGAACCAGAUGCGCUCCUGAGGCUCGGCCUUCGUCCCUCAUCGCUGUCGGACUGUAAAUAACUUCUUCAACAGCAAAAACGAGCAGAAAUAUUUCCGAGUAGCACCGAUGUUCCGUUAGGUUUCAGUAAAACGUCUCACAGAGGUGAGAGAAAAGUGAAGCACUUUUGCAAAGCUGGAAGCGCACCAUACAGUCAAAAACAAAACAGCAAACAUUUAGUUUUAGGAGAAGAAUCUCGGACAACCAAAAACUUGGGCUGUGCUCGCCAGUCUUGAUUGUAAAGACUGUUUGCUCUCGCAGAAACAGCUCUUUCUUUACUUAAGGUGUGUUUGAUAAAAAGCCUGACUGAACGCAAAAAGACAAAUUGUAGUCACUUUUUAUACUAAGCCGCUUGGGGGCUUCCCGUUUGUUGUUUUUUUUUUUUUUGUUUCAUUCAUUUUUCCGUCUGUUCUCACUGCCCCUUCUCCUGUAUGAGUGCUGUCCUCAUACAUUUUUUGGCAGCAUAGCAACUUUUCACUGCCGGAGAAGAAGUUAAAGCAUCUCCCAUGAGCAGAGCUGCAGCCUCACUGGGUUCACUAGAACUCAAAGAACAGCAAUAAUUACGGCCAGUUCAAGUAGCUUCUGAAUAUGCAUUUUCCUUCCGAAGAUUUCCUGUUGGUGGUCCGUUUUAAUCCUGCAUACUCAAACUUGUCGUUUAACGUAAUUAAAGCUUCUCCGCAUCAGAUUAUUGGGGAUUAUUGUAGCUCAGUGAAGACGAUUUUUGAGAAGUUUUCAGGUCCUCGUUCUGUGAAAAGAGCCGAGCUUUUCUGCCUUUUGUUCUCAACUUACACUGAACCAUGAUUCAAAUACACUUCAGUACAAUUUUUAACAGGAGAAUGAUUAUGGGGUCAAAUCAGGACCAGUUUAAGGAGAGCGAAAAAACAGAUUUUAAAUUUGAAAAACAUUUUUUUUUUUUUAAUUUGAAACUAUUUUAAACUUGAAAGUGCACAUUGCAAAUUUAAAGGUUAUACUGAAAAAAAUAAAUGUAAGAAAAUAUAUAUUUUAUCAAAAUGUGAAAAUAUAAAAAAUUUGGGGGGGUAAAUUGUAAAUUAAAGCAUGAAUUAAAGCAAACUAUGAACCUAAAACUGUUCCAAAGGAAACGCGUGGUAACAUACUAAACUGUGGGAGAACUACUAUCACUACUUCACCCAAAUCUGGAAGAACAUUCUUACUACUAUACGUCACAUCAGAAAAGGGACCACAGACGGUGCCAACAACAGACCCAGUUCUGGAACAGAAAUGACGUCACCGUAAUCUCUAUCGCCCAAUAUCAAUCGUGUCCUUGUAGCCAAUGGGCUCAAAGCUCCGCCCCCAUGUGAAAAAGGAGGUUUGAAACUGAAUUGACUGAAAGUGAAGAGGGAGAAUAAUGGAAAGACAAAAUUUAAAAUUACAAAACAUCAACUGUUGUAAACAAAAAUGAUUUUUCAUUUUGGCAAAAAGUUGUAAGUUUAAAGUUUGUUUUUAUU